CUGGAACACGAUUCGCCGCACUAUACCACAGAACACCUACACGUGGCACUCUUUCAGAGCCAUCAGUUGACGGGCGUUCGUUGUCGACGUCCGAGCUCAGCGUUUCCGUGGGCCGUCGAUUCCAGCCCCCGCCCCCCUGUUCUUCCCAAGUCAAAAUGCGUGAAUGCAUCUCUGUUCACAUCGGACAAGCGGGCGUCCAAAUCGGCAAUGCCUGCUGGGAACUGUACUGCCUUGAGCACGGCAUUCAGCCAGACGGCCAGAUUUCCAGUGACAAGUCGAUCGGUGGAGGCGAUGACUCCUUCACCACGUUCUUCAACGAGACCGGUGCCGGCAAGCACGUUCCGCGCGCCAUCUACGUCGACCUUGAGCCCACGGUCGUGGACGAAGUCCGUACUGGCAUGUACAGGCAUCUGUUCCACCCCGAGCAGCUCAUCUCGGGCAAGGAGGACGCGGCGAACAACUAUGCUCGCGGCCACUACACCAUCGGCAAGGAGAUCGUGGAUCCGGUGCUGGACAGAAUCAGAAAGCUAUCCGAACAAUGCACUGGCCUGCAGGGUUUCCUCAUCUUCCACAGCUUCGGAGGUGGCACCGGCUCGGGCUUCACCUCUCUUCUCAUGGAGCGCCUCUCGGUGGACUACGGAAAGAAGUCCAAGCUUGAGUUUGCCAUUUACCCAGCCCCACAGAUAUCCACAGCAGUAGUGGAACCAUACAACUCCAUUCUGACCACGCACACCACCCUCGAGCAUUCCGACUGCGCUUUCAUGGUCGACAACGAGGCCAUCUUCGACAUCUGCCGCCGCAACCUCGACAUCGAGAGGCCUAGCUACACGAACCUCAACAGGCUCAUCGGCCAGAUUGUCUCCUCAAUCACUGCCUCCCUGCGGUUCGACGGCGCACUGAACGUCGACCUGACAGAGUUCCAGACAAACUUGGUGCCCUACCCUCGCAUUCACUUCCCCUUGGUCACCUACGCUCCGGUCAUCUCUGCCGAGAAGGCUUACCACGAGCAGCUCACGGUCUCGGAGAUCACGAAUGCCUGCUUCGAGCCCGCCAACCAGAUGGUCAAGUGUGACCCACGCCACGGAAAGUACAUGGCCUGUUGUCUACUGUACAGAGGGGAUGUUGUGCCAAAGGACGUCAACGCAGCCAUUGCUGCCAUUAAGACCAAGCGCACUAUCCAGUUCGUGGACUGGUGCCCCACUGGAUUCAAGGUUGGCAUCAACUACCAGCCCCCAACAGUUGUACCCGGUGGCGACCUUGCCAAAGUCCAGCGUGCCGUGUGCAUGCUGUCAAAUACAACUGCCAUUGCGGAGGCCUGGGCACGUCUAGACCACAAGUUUGACCUGAUGUACGCAAAGCGGGCAUUCGUGCACUGGUACGUUGGCGAAGGCAUGGAGGAAGGAGAAUUCUCCGAGGCGAGGGAGGACUUAGCUGCGCUGGAAAAGGACUAUGAGGAGGUCGGCGUCGACUCGGCGGAUGGUGCAGAUGACGAGUCUGGCGUGGAGUUCUAAGUGUCAGUACCGUCCAGCUCGGGGGGCCGUGAAAUAAAGCAUUUUUUUUCUUCAAA